ACUGUCCAGGGAAACACAGCAAACCUUCUGGCAUUGGCAUGCAUUAAUGUGCCACCCAGGAGGAGUUGAACAACCUGUGCAACCUCUGUAGGGCCCUUGUAUCGCCAUCAUGUUACCAGUAGUGACCCUAGCCAAAUGCAAAACUGGUUUAAAAAAACAAAAACAACAACAAAAAAAGUCAGAAAACAUCAAGAAGGAAGAAUAUCAGCAGCUUCUGUUGGGUCUCAAAUUUUGAAGCCAAUAUAAUAACCUAAGCUGGACAGGGCAUAUCUGAUCCUCUUUUUAUAGGAGUCCCCAACCCCUCCUCCAGCUGCUGGAAACAGAAAGUGAAACAGAACUACAGUCCGACAGCUGAGAGGAAACAUGAACAGCACAUUCUGCCGUUAAUUCUCUUCAGGCACAACUACCACUGAUUACUUUCAUCAUGGAUGUGCCAAACACAACGAGGAUCGUCCUGCUGGGGAAAACUGGAGCUGGGAAGAGCAGCCUCGCUAACACUAUGUUAGGAAGGAAUGAGUUCAAAGUCCUAAAUUUUUCUGACUCACAAGCAAAUGUUUGUGAAGCAAAGUCUGGAUCUGUCGUUGGAAGAAACCUCACUUUGAUUGACACUCCUGGUUUUUUUAGCCCAGGAUUUUCAGAGCAGGAGCUGAAGCAUGAGAUACAAAGGUGUGUCACAAAGUGUCCUCCUGGUCCUCAUGCUUUCAUUAUUGUGCUCAGAGUGGAGAAAUUCACAGAGCAGGAGACGACUGUCAUCAGAAAACUGCAGGAGUAUUUUUCUGCAGAGGUGUUUAAAUAUUCAACAGUUGUCUUCACGGAUGGUGACCAGUUACCUGACAGAAUGAGCAUCGAGGAGUUCAUCACAAAUAACAAACCUCUGAAAGAUUUAGUGGACAAGUGUGGUGGUCGGUGCCACGUUGUAGAUAAUAAGUACUGGACAAACCAGCAGGACAAGUACAGGAACAACCAGUUCCAGGUGACACAGCUGGUCAACACAAUAGAGAACAUGGUGAUGGAAAAUGAAGGAGGCGGCUACACCACUGAGAUGCUGAAAGACUGGCAGAGACAACAAGAAGAGUGCAGUAAACCAUCAUCAUUAUCAACUUCUCUCCACAGAGUCUACAGACUUUUGACAAAAUACACAACCAAAAAAUCUGUUAAAGUCCUGGUAGGUGUAGCUGUGAUCGUUGGGGCACUGCUUUUUAAAAAAAACUGUGACCACAUCGCAUCGCGCUGCAGCAGUGGCAACGUAAAACACACACACUGACGUCAUAGAGAGAGAAAGAUGUUUAAAAAGAAAGAAAAAAAAGCUUUUUACUUGAACUACAUUCUGUUUGUUUAAUUUAUUUUACAAGAUUAUAGAUUUGUGUCAUGCAAGUGACUUGAAGUGUCAGGAACAGCAUGACUAAAUAAUAUAAUUAUUAUUGUUAUUAUUAUUCAUUUGAUUAUACCGUUUGUGUCACGGCUGCAGCAGCAGUCGUGUGAUGUGAUGCGAGGGAGGUUUAUUGUAAACAACAGAACACAAGGCGGGGAUGGUAAAAACAGAACUAAAGAUUAACCGGACGAGACAGGAGAAACACUAACACCAGGAACCAACAGAGGGAGCACCAACCCAGAAUCCCAGAACCAGAAAAUCUCAAAACACAAAUCAUCCGCCUUGAGGCGACUUUUGUUGUGAUUUUGCGCUAUAUAAAUGAAAUGAAAUUGAAUUGAAUUGAAUCCCAAAACUAGAACACAAGUUCACUAAUAAUAAUGAUAAUAAUAACUGGGUCCACAGACUCAGGACCAUGACAGUUUGAACUAUGCAGUGUUUCCAAUGUCUUUCUGUAUCUUUGUUUAUCACUGGCAAACAUUUGAAUAUUACUUGAUGUGGUGUAUACACAUGUACCUGUUUGUUUAUUUGCUUAUUGUUAAGAAAAUAAACCCUUAGAUAAACAAUUUUUAUUGAUCAUGUAAAGCAAGAAAAAAAAGAAAAUGGAAAUAAUAUUUUUAACUUUAAAGCAAAAUAUCUAGUUUUAGUUUACUAUACUAUACUAAGUGUUAAGGUCUCAUUUUACUUUCCUUCAGAGUUUCAGAGUUUUUGAGUUUGUCCAGCAGGUGGUGCUGCUGCAUGAAACCAAACAAACUGAUUCAUCAUGAUGGCCAAUGCAGUUUUACCAUUCCUCUGUGUCCAGAUUAUUUUCAUUUAACUGUUUUUUUUUUUUUUUUUUGCUUUGUUCCAUCUAAUCACUGAAUAAAACAUUUUUCAAAGCGUCUGGACUUGUUUAAGUUGCUUGAAGAAGUUUCACCUCUCAUCCGAGAAGCUUCUUCAGUUCUAGGGUUAAAUGGUGGAGAGUCCCAGAUUUAAGCCCUGUGGGAGUAUCCUCCAAGAGAGACAUGGACUGUUGAUCCUCUAUCUAAUCACAUGAGCCAAGUUGUGAAAACAGGUGUAGGUCACAAUCACAGUGAAGAAAACAUGAAAUAAAUGUCUACUCUUCUUUAACACAGUUUGAUCAAACAUCUCAGUGAAUCUUGAUCAAGGGAAACUGGUUCAUUCAGGUUUCUUUGUUAGACAAAGAACAAUCUUCAUUAGUAAAUUUAAUCUGUUUCAUUCAUAAUACAUCAUGCAAGAGAUC